GUCAGAACUUUAACUAAAUAACCUCAAAAAUGUCGUGUGGUUUUCGAUAAACAACAAUUUUUUUUUAACUUAAGAAUAAGCUUUAAAUAUGGAAUUAUUUGUAAUAAAUAGACAUGACGAGAGUCAAGAAGGCGAACCGGUCCAAGAAAACGAUAACUUAAACAGAGUUUUAAAGAAAAUUGAGCGAAAUAAAAAGCUCAGAAACAAACAAAAAGAGAAGGAACAAAAGACCAAACAGGCAAUAGAAAGAACAACGCUAGCUAGGAAAAUUAAAAGGGAGGCCAAAGAAAAAAAGCAAAAUAUUGUACCAGUUCCGGAGAAUAAUAUCGAUGAAUUUGUUGAUAACGAUACUACAGAACCAAAUGCUACAUAUAGGUUACAAGAUCCUGUACCGGAUUCGACAGAAGACAGUGUAGAGAAGCUGAAAAAAGGAAAGAAAAGGAAAAUAGACCAGGAAGAUGUAAAAGGUUUUACAAUUUUAGGUGUUGAUAAUUUUCAACAAACAUCUAAGGUAAAAAGAGUUUUACCUAGAUGGCUUACAAACGCUACUGUUAUCUCUGUAAAUUUACAAAAGUUAGAAUCAAAAGUUUCCAGUUUUAAGAUCAUUGAUAAACACCUUAGGUCCUUGUUAAAAUCCAAUGGCGUUGUGAAUUUGUUUCCAGUUCAAGCUGAAGUUAUACCCUGGUUAUUAGAAAGUAACAAACAUUCUGAUAUAAUGUUUCCCAGAGACAUUUGUGUUUCUGCACCAACGGGCAGUGGAAAAACUUUAGCUUUUGUCUUACCAAUCGUUCAACUAUUAAAAAAGUAUUCUGUAAAGAAAAUUCGGGCCCUCGUUAUUCUUCCUACACAAGAUCUGGCCAGACAAGUCUAUGGGACAUUUAAGAUGUACAUAGCUGGAACUAAUAUAGAUGUUUGUCUUAUUACUGGACAGAACAGCUUCGAAGUAGAACAGAAACAAAUUCUUGUUAAAAAUGAAGCAUUUGGGUAUGUAACUAAAAUAGAUGUAUUAAUAUGUACUGCUGGAAGAUUAGUAGAUCAUUUGAAGUCAACUGAGGGUUUAGAUUUGAGUUAUUUAGAAUUUUUAGUUAUUGAUGAGGCUGAUAGAGUUUUGGAAAACGUACAAAAUGACUGGCUUUAUCACUUAGAGAGGCAUAUAUCCCCGGAAGGUCCUCUAAGAAUUUUAAAUCAAUUUGCACUUCAGAAAAGAAGACCACCGCAAAAACUUCUAUUUUCAGCUACUCUGUCUCAAGACCCCGAAAAACUUCAACAACUUUCACUUUUCCAACCUAAACUAUUUACUUCUAUUGUUGAGACAGAAGAGGGAUCUGCAGAAAAGUUGAAAGAAACCAAAUCAGACACAUUUGUUGGAAAAUAUACCACACCUAAUGAGCUUACAGAAAAAUACAUUGAAACAUCUAUGGAUUUGAAACCGUUGGUUCUGUUUAAGUUUAUCAAACAGGAGAAUUUGAAGAGGACCCUUAUUUUUACACAUUCAGUAGAGAGUACGCAUAGAUUGACAAUUUUACUGAAAGCAAUGUUUAAAGAUGAAAUAUCUGUUCAAGAAAUAUCGUCUCAUCUGCAGCCAAAAAAUAGGAUUGAAUUAAUAGAUCAAUUUUCAAAAGGAAGUAUUGAUUUGUUGAUAUCUACUGAUUCAUUAGCUCGAGGUAUAGAUUUCCCUGGUGUACAGUGUGUUAUUUCUUAUUCAGCACCAAAAUAUUUAAAAACUUACAUUCAUAGAGCUGGUAGGACAGCAAGGGCUGGUGAGCAGGGUUUAACAGUGACUUUCUUGCAUAGUUCACAAGUUUCAAAAUUUAAAUCCCUGUUGAAACAAGCUGAUAAAACGAAUGUACAAGAGAUAAAAAUAUCUGAAGAAGACUUGGAGCCGUUGGGUGAACAGUAUAAGGAGUCCUUGGUUAACCUUAGGAAAGCAGUUGAUCAGGAAGAAAAAUCUGAUUUAAAGAAAACAAAAUCAGCAAAGAGAGUUAAACCAGGGUUUAAGAGAAAAUUUAAAAAGGUACAAAAUAAGAAAAACGUUGAUAAACCUGAUUAAGAGUUUAUCAAAGUUCUAAAUUGUUAAAUUUUACUUUGUUUGAAA